CACUUGUCACUUUUUAAUUUGUAUGGUUCAUAAUUCUCUUUUUUAUCUUUCUUUUCCUUUAUAGCUAGCCUUUUUUUCCAUCUUCUCUUUUCUGCUCGUGCUUGCAUAUCAACUCAUAUCAAUAUUCAAUUGCUCUCUAUGCUUAUGAUUAUCCAAGGAUCAUAAUCAUCUAGCACUAAAGAAAAGUUGGUGGUGAAUUUGAUGCAGAAUUGAAGCUGUACGAUACCUGUAAUAUUAGUUAAAUUUUAUCAUGGACACCAUGGAUCAAUCAUCAUCCGUCCCUCCUGGAUUUCGAUUUCAUCCUACUGAUGAAGAACUUGUCGGUUACUACCUAAGGAAGAAGGUUGCAUCUCAGAAGAUCGAUCUUGAUGUAAUUAGAGACAUCGAUCUAUACAGGAUCGAACCAUGGGAUCUGAUAGAAAGAUGUAGGAUUGGAUACGAAGAGCAAACUGAAUGGUACUUCUUUAGUCACAAGGAUAAAAAGUAUCCAACGGGAACAAGGACGAAUAGGGCAACAAUGGCGGGUUUUUGGAAGGCUACUGGAAGAGACAAAGCAGUUUACGAAAAACUAAGGCUCAUAGGAAUGAGGAAAACGCUUGUGUUCUAUAAAGGAAGAGCACCAAAUGGACAGAAAACCGAUUGGAUCAUGCAUGAAUACAGGCUUGAAUCCGAAGAAAAUGGUCCUCCUCAGGCAAAAGGAUGGGUGGUGUGUCGUGCAUUCAAGAAACGAUCAACAGGACAAACUAAAACCACCGAAGGAUGGGAAUCAAACUUCUUCUAUGAUGAUUCAAGCCGAAUGGAUCCGAUUGAUUACAUUACAAGUCAACCCUCGAGUUCCAUAUUUUCACAAAGCUUCAUGUGCAAGCAAGAGUUGGAAGCAGUAGAGAAUUUGAACUUCGUCCACUGUGAUCAAUAUGUACAACUUCCACAACUCGAAAGCCCAUCACUCCCAUUAAUAGAGAAGCCUAGCUCUAUAUCAUUGGUGUCAUCAUCUGAAAAUAAUGAUCUAGAAGACGAUCUACAAGGAGGGAGAAACAUACACAACAACAAACGUAGUAUGAAUAAUAUAGAUAACGUCGAUAAAGUGACUGACUGGAGAGCUCUUGAUAAGUUUGUAGCUUCUCAGUUGAGCCAAGAGGAUCGAUAUGGGCUUGGUGAAGGGAAGAAGAAGAUGGUGGAGGAGGAGGAGGGAAGCUGA